AUGGGUCGCACUUCUGCUGAGGAUAAUAAGGUGGACGAGGAGCGCAAGGUGGACCAGGGCCGCAUCGAGCAGAACUUGAUCGACGACGAUAUCCCGCAGAUCGAAUGGCGCCGCGUUCACGAGUCGGAGCUCUCCUCGUCUGACAUCGAUUGGCUUGAAGGCAAUCAGCUCUCGCUCUCCUCUGUAAUGGGGAUGUCUGCAGCCUUCGCCAAGAGGGGCAGUGUCCCCGCUCUCGCACUCGCGGUUGCAUCCCGCGACCCGAACGUCCGUUCGCGCUGCCUCGUGGUGCUCCUCACGAGCGCGACGUCCACCCGCGAUAACGCCGCGGGUCGCAUGCACCUUUCCUCGCGUAUCCUCGAGAACAAGUCUCACACCAUCUACGCCUUCAACAUCGCACCCAUCAUACUCCUCCUAAGCCACUUCCACCAGUUCCACUUCGUCCAAGCUAUCGACAUCCAGUCGGCUCUUCCUAUCAAAGGCCGCGAGCCCCUUCGCGCCAUCAAGUUCUUGCUCGGCAACUCGGCCGAUGUGAAUAAACGCGGUGUGAUCGAGCACUUCGACAACUUCGACUUCGAGGAGACCUCGAAGGUCCUUACUUCGCUCGUGCUCCGUGCUUGGGUGUCUGCCUUUGCUUGUUCUUCAGAGACUGAAGGUCUCGAUGAACCCUUUGCUGAGGCUCCUCUCAUUGACACUACUAAAUUCCUUGACUGGCAACUCUAUGACUUAUCUAAGCUGGCACAUGAUCAGCAUCGUCAGGAUGCAGAGAAGUCUGACAAGACUGCCAACAAUCUUGCAUCUGUAGAGUGGAGCCAGUCUAAGCAGAAGCUUGAGGCCAAGUCCGGCCGCUUUCAGACCCGACUUACUGAUAGACAGGCAAAUGUUGUCAUGACUGUGGGUGACCAGGCUACUGGUACAUACCAAGUCCGUGGCCAGGUCACCAAGGCAGCUGGCAAAUCCGCAGCUAUCAAGACUGACAUCAAGCUUGACGGUAAAGCUAUCUCUAGUAUGACUACGGUUGGGCGCAGUGGGCGCACUUUGGCUGAGUCAGAGCGAGCCAAGCACGUGCUCGAGGUACUGCAGGGCAAGGUUGUCCCUUGGGAUAAUCCUUGGCUCAAGGCUGUUAACGGGGAUGCUGCCCCAUGGCCUGAGGACUGGGCUGCUGAGAAGUCCCGACCUGCAUCGGUCGAGCAUCCAGACUACCCACUCAAUUCCUCGCAGCUUCAUGCUGUCCACCAUAUGCUUUCUACCAAUCCCAGUACUCGCCUUACUCUCAUCCAAGGGCCGCCUGGCACUGGCAAGACCAGUGUCAUUGCCACCUUUGUCUCAUCUUCUAUCUCAGCUGGCCGUGGUGGCAUCUGGCUUAUUGCUCAGUCUAAUGUUGCUGUCAAAAAUAUUGCGGAAAAGCUAUUCAAAAUUGGCUUUAAAGCUUUCAAGUUACUGGUCUCUAAGGACUUCAAAUAUGACUGGCACGACCAUCUUUACCACGGUCUUGACCGCAACAUCAUUGAGUCUGGCAACUUUCCCAAGAAGGGCCCUGACUUCAAGGUCCUUGAUGGCAUCCAAGUCAUCCUAUGCACUGUAUCUAUGCUUGCCAACCCCCGCACUGCUUUGCGCAAAGUCUGUUUCAUUGGUGACGAUAAACAAUUGCCACCCCAUGGCACCGAGGAGAUUGAGGUGUUGGAGAGUAUUUUUGAGAAGACUCAUCUUCGGGACUCAAUCUGCUUCCUGGACACUCAAUAUCGUAUGCCACCGCAAAUCGGGGCAUUCAUCUCACAGGAAGUCUACAACAGCAAACUCGACUCUAACCCCGAACAUCCGGUCACGUCCACGACACUCGCGUGUCGCUUCGUCGAUGUGGAUGGAGCUAACGAGCAAAAGAGCGGCACCUCUUGGGUGAACCGAAAAGAAAUUGAGGCCGUCACGCACCUCGUUCGCCGUCUGCAGGCCGAAGGACAAGAAGUCCGCGUGAUCACGCCAUACGACGCGCAGCGCAACUUUAUCGAGGAGGCACUUCGCAACGACGAAGAGGGACUCAAAUGGCAGGACACGGUGUUCAAUGUUGAUUCGUUCCAAGGUAACGAAGAGGACUUUAUCGUCGUCUCACUCGUGCGUACGCGCGACCUCGGAUUCCUGAAGAGCCUUCGCCGCACGAACGUCAUGCUCUCGCGUUGCAAGCGCGGCAUGUACAUUUGCUCAAGCCGCGCGUUUUUGAUCGACGGCCGCGGCGCGGAAAGCCUUGCAGGCAAGAUGGCCGCGCACUUCGGCGACCCCGCGUGGAUCUCUAUGGCCGACCUUGAAGGCGGCAACUACUGA